UCUUGAGAGCAAUUUGCAAAUGGUGUUAUGGCAAGCACCGGAGAGUAGAGAAGAAACCUCAACACCUCAUGUAGAAGUAGAAGAUUAUGAAUCUAUAGAUGAAGAUGAUGAAAUGAUGCAAGCAGAUUUAGAGGCACUCGAACAUGAUCCUGGAAAGCGGAUUCCCAUCUCUAUGUAUGAUGUCAAUGAUCAAGAUAGAGUAAGAAGGAGAUUUAUUGAGAUGGGGCCAUGUCAACCAAAGAAUCAUAAAUUUGAGUUUACAAAUAAAGGUGGAAGAGAGCGUCCUUACUUCCCCGUUGGCCGGCCUAGAAGGGGUGUAUGCAAUGGUGUGAUCAAUUACCACCGCUUCAAGGUAGAUAUGUUUGUGUCUGUCAUUGAUAGGCAAAUUGGUGAGCUAAAUGGCAGAUUUGAUGAGGUAAACACAGAGCUACUUAUUUGCAUGGCAUCAUUUAGUCCACUUCAUCUAUUUGCUGCUUAUGAUCAAGAGAAGUUGGUUAAGCUUUCUACAAAGUUUUAUGCUUCUGAUUUUACAAGAGAUGAACUAGCAAGGCUUCCAUGGCAACUAAACAUGUAUGUUGCUAAUUUGCAUAGAGAUGAAAGAUUUCAAAACUUGAAAAAUCUGUCUGAGCUAUCAGUUAUGCUUGUCAAGACAAAGAAGCAUGAACAAUAUCAUAUUGUUUACAAGCUUCUUAAGUUGGUAUUGAUUCUACCAGUAGCCACUGCUAGUGUUGAAAGAAUGUUCUCUUCAAUGAGCUAUUUGAAGAAUAAGCUAAGGAACAAAAUGGGUGAUGACUAUUUAAACUAUUGUAUGGUUACAUUUGUUGAGAGAGAUUUCUUCAGCCAAGUAAAGGAUGAGGAUAUCAUCAAUCGCUUCCAAAAAGGCAAGCGCAAAGUUAUAAUGUAAGAUGUAACAUCAUCACUUUAUCAAUCAAAAGGUACCUAUGUAUUCAUGUCGUUAUGGGCUUAUAAAUUGAAAUAUUGCUAUUGUUGUCAUGCUAGUGUUGUUUUAUUCAUAUAUUGAUAGUAUUGUGGUGUUUGAUUCAUAUACUACAUUUAGAGCAAAAAAAAUUUUUUGGGCGGAAUACCCAGGCGCCAUUUCCUGGCGCCG